AAGAUCUCCCAAACACACUCCUGCCCAUGCACAUGUGGUAGACAUGUGUUGUCAUUUGUCUCCGCAGCUGUUGGGACAACACCUCAUAUCUAAACCCCCCGUGCCAGUGAGUGUUUGGGACAUUUAGGGGACACAAGCAGCAUUUUGUCAGCCGACGUAUUUCAAACCAGUAGUUGUAAUGGAUUCUCGGCUGUCGAAACAGAUCCAGUGUUCGGUGUGUUUGGGGGACUUCACAGAUCCAGUGAGCCUGCUGUGUGACCACACGUUCUGCCGACAGUGUAUCAGCAAUCAUUCCCAAAGCUGCCGCCUGAAACUGUGUCCGGAAUGCAGACGGCCCUAUACCAUGUGGGACCUCCGGUCCAACCGAGUCCUGCGGAAUAUGGUGACUGCCGUGAGGGAACACUUGAGCGAGCAGCAGGCCCUCAGGGACAUGGAUGUAGCGGCUUGUGGAGCAGGCGCGAGAGUGUUUGAGGAACCAGAGAAGCUGGUGUGUUCAGAUCAUCAGGAGAGACUCAAGCUGUUUUGUGAGACGGAUCAGAAACUGGUGUGUCUGAUCUGUAGGGACGGUGAGAAUCAUCAGGGACACACGUUCAAACCUGUGGAGGAGGCAGCAGAGCCCCGAAAGAAUUUAUUGUUAGAGCCUCUGAGCUUCCUGUUGAAGGAGAAUGAAGAGCUGCAGGCUCUUAUCAAGAAACAGACGAAUGAGAUCUCUAAAACUGAGGAAAGGUCUCGGCAGCUCUCUGCUCAGAUCUCUGCUCAGUUUGAGGAGAUGCACCAGUUUCUGAGGAAAAAGGAGGAAGAAGUGAAGAAAAUGCUGGAGAAAGAAGAGAAGGAUAUGAUAGAAAAGAUGAAACGAAACAGAGCAGAAACAGAAGAGAAGCUGAAUGAUGGAAGAGAGAAGGAAGGGAUUCUACGCUCAGUCUUUGAGACUGAUCAGCCAGAUGGGUUUCUGCAGUGGUGGACUGAGAAAGGGCUGGAAUUUGUCGAAGAGAUGAAAGUGAAAGAAAGCUGCUGUGAAAAUAAUGACAUUGCUUCUCAAACAACCAAGUUCAAAUCAGCAGUGAAAAGCGUGAAUUUGACACCUAAUUCUCUGUUCCUUGGCCUUCAUGAGACUCACUUGCAGUUUAUUGUAUGGAAGGAGAUGCUGGGCUUUAUUAAACAAGUCCCGGAUCGUAAUGUCAUUCAUGACUGUCAUGAUCCAUACCUGAGGGUCUCCUCUGAGGGACGCAGCGUCAUCCGCACAUCCAAAAAGGGGAUUUUCUUACGCCACAAAGACUACAGGCCUCUGGCCCGGACCCACAAGACCUUCCAGUCAGGACAGCACUACUGGGAGGUGGAUGUAGGAGCAAAGAUAGACUGGAGUGUGGGCUUCGGUGGUGGGUGUAUAAGCAACUUAAACAAGGACAUUGGGCUCCACCUUAAGCAUGAGCAAGGCUACUGCAUCAAAGAGUAUGAGACAGUGACAGAGAUAGAUCUGACAGUGAAACCACGCAGGAUAGGGCUGUACCUGGACUGCGACAGGUGUCAGGUGUGCUUCUAUAAUGCGGAUGACAUGACUCUGCUGCACACCUCCACAUACCCUUCGUCCAUCCCUUACUCCCUCAGCCUCUCUCCAGGAGCUUAUCUGGCAGGGAAGAAUGCUGAUCCGCUCACAGUCACCUGGAACUGAUCCGUCUGGGAAAUAAUUGGACACUUUAGUAAGAUGGUUGUAAGAACUGGUCCAUUUAUGGUUUUUGAGGUGAUAUAAUAGUGCUUGAGAGAAAAAUUAUUGGCUGGUGUAUUUGCUUGCUCAGUUUGUUAGUGGGUGGUGUGCUUUAUUUUUAAAAAAGUAUUUGUGACAGGCACUUUAAGCACUAAAUUCUGAGAACACAAAAGAUCACAAGAUUUUUUUUUGUUGUCCUUUUAGAGCCAUUUCUAAAACAU